UCGAGUUGCCCAAAAAAGCAAAUAUCCAUCCCUCGUCUUGAACUUUGCGCUGCUCUAACAGGUGCACAGCUUUGUAAACUCCUGCAGAAUGAAUUGACUCAUCCUUUGACAAAUAUUGUCUUAUGGUCCGACUCGACAACUGUCUUGUCUUGGCUGCAUUCCCUCUCCUGCCGUUACAAAGUUUUUGUAGCUAAUAGAGUCACUGAAAUAUUAGAGCUCACUGAUCCCUCUUCUUGGAGAUAUAUUCCAUCUGCACAGAAUCCAGCAGAUGACAUUACGAGAGGCAAAACUCUUGUAGAGCUAGCCAAACCUGAUCAUAGAUGGCGACAAGGUCCAACGUUUCUGAAAUUUCCUCCAGAUGAAUGGCCCAAAAAUCUAGUAUCUACAUCUGAUAGUCCUGAUCCUGAGCUUCGUAAACCACUCUUUUGUGGGUUAACACAAUUGGAUGAUAUUGUACUCCCAGAUCCUGCCCGUUUUAAAUCAUGGUCAGAGUUACAGUUUGCAACAAAUGUGUUACUGCGACAACAUAGUGAGGACUCUUGUGACGCCUCUUCUGUCCAAAAUCUCCUUUUGAGACAAGCCCAGCAACAAAGUUUUCCCUCCGAGUAUCAGUGUUUAACGAAAGGAAAGCCCAUUGAACCUCAAAGUUGUCUCCUAACACUUUCUCCCGAAUUCAAUGAAGAAACGGGACUUAUUGUAGUGGGCGGUAAGCUCAGGCGUGUAGAGGAUAUGGAACCUGGAAUGGUUCAUCCAAUCGUCCUCGACCCCAAACAUCCAUUGACCCAGUUAAUUAUUAAGGACUGUGACGAGAAACUUUUCCAUCCUGGUCCAGAGAGAGUUUUCUCAGAACUUCGACGCAAUUACUGGAUAAUUAGAGGGAGACAAGCCGUAAAAAAACAUCAGUGGUCUUGUUUUCAAUGUAGGAAGUGGAGAGCCAAGCCAUCUAUUCCUCAAAUGUCAGAUCUUCCACUCUCCAAGCUCCGGUUGUUCAAACCUCCCUUUUGGUCCACCGGAAUGGACUGUUUUGGUCCCUUCCAUGUAAAUAUUGGCCGUAGAACAGAGAAGAGAUGGGGCAUUCUGUUUAAGUGUCAGACCACUCGAUGCCUGCACCUUGAUUUGUUGAGCAGUUUAGAUGUGGACAGCUUUCUAAUGGGCCUACGUCGUUUCAUAUCCAGGAGAGGUAGGCCGUAUGAGAUUCUUUGUGAUCAGGGAAGCAAUUUCCGUGGAGCUGCAAGAGAGUUAAAGGAAGCCUUCCAGAACCUUCCCACUGAGCUACAAGACAAAUUGGAAAAGCAGCAGAUCAAAUUUAAGUUUAAUCCACCACAAGCUCCUCAUUUUGGGGGGUCAUGGGAAAGAGAGGUCCGUUCUGUUAAAACAGCAUUGCGGGUGGUACUCGGCAGUCAAACCGUAUCAGAGGAAGUCCUACGGACCGUUUUGACAGAAGUUGAAGGAGUGUUAAAUUCAAAGCCACUUGGUUACGCCUCUUCAAACAUUUCAGACCUCGACCCCAUUACUCCAAAUCUCCUCCUCAUGGGGCGGCGAGAUUCGUCUUUACCUCAGGUGAUUUAUGCCAAUACUAAGCUCCUUGGCCGCAGAUCUUGGCGCCACAGCCAGGCCCUCGUUGACCAGUUUUGGACAUCUUUUAUCCGACAUUACUUACCAGGUCAGCAGCUCCGUCAAAAAUGGAAUCGAGAAAAACCUAAUCUAAAUGACUCUGCUGUCGUGUUAGUAAUUGAUUUUCAACUCCCAAGAGCAUCAUGGCCCAUUGGCAGGGUAGUACGCCUCUUACCUAGUCAGGAUGGACGUGUCAGAGUAGCUGAGAUUGAUAUUAAUGGAAAGACGUAUGUACGUCCAGUUGCUAAGUUGAUUCCAUUACCUGAAAUAGAUGAGUAAUAGCAAAUACAUGACUGUAUUUGGGGGUGGCUGUUGUGAAUUUGAUCCUUUAAUUAUACUUUUUCUUUUUUUUUUUCUUUCUCCUUACAUAUUUGCACUUCAUAUCCCACAAUCCUUUUGUCAGUUUCACUACAUUACCCAUACACCCCCUGGGCAAGGUCUAUAAGUAGACCUCACUUCCUCCCUUUUUUCCUUUUGUAUUGGUGAGGUGUGGUGGUUGGAAUGGACACCCAACCAUGUCCUUUCCUUAGGAUGCGUUGAUGACUAAAGACCAUCUUGUACGUCCUGUUUAUCCUGUCCCUCCAUUAACAUCUGUUCAUUGGCAUCAUGUGUGUCAGCUCCAUGUGAAUUAAGACUUUAUCAUCCUGAACUGAAAAUAAAAGAGAGCAAAGGACUG